AUGGCGCUGCUCCGCUCGUCCCGGCUGUCCCGGCUGUCCCGGCUGUCCCGAGAGCAGGAGCUGGUGCAGAAUGGAGCACCCUGGAUUUGGCAGCUCCUGGAAGAAUGUGCCAGGGCUGUGUGGGAGUGCUGGAGCCUUGUCUCAGGGCUCACUGCCAUUGUCUGCUCACUGCCUAAGUUAAAAAUUGUCACUGCUGCUUUUUAUGUGAACAAGGACCUAAUUAUGGUUUCACAAUUUGUUUACUGUAAGCUCAAGAGUCAGAAGGUGGCAAAAGAAGGCACCUUUUACCUGUUCUUUGCCUUGGCCACAAUGGGAAAUUGCACCUGUGGGCUGAGCCUUGUUCUAAAGAUGCCCAAACCCAAAUUCUCCAGGUCCUGCUUUGUUCACCACCUUCCCUGGCCCAUUGGGAGCUUUGGAGUUUUGUUCCUUGACAUUUUUGUAUCACUUUCCUGUUAUAGCUAA